AUGUCGAAGCGACUCUCAGAGUCAGAAGCUUUCAGUCCACACCCCAAGAGACAGCUCCUGUCUUCUGAUAACUUUGCUGAUCAUGAGCGGGAAAAAAACUUAUUUACAAGGGAGGAAAUUGGCAACAAGAAAGCGGCAGCCAUCAUCUUCUGGAUAAUGGAGAUGAGUGGAGACUUCAAACGCAAAUUCCAGGGCACCGGCGAACUUGAGAAAGUCGUCUCUGCACAUCCUGAGCUGAUCAUCUCUUUACGGUCAGCCUGGGAGGCAUGCAGGCUCCAACCUCUCCUCGACUCUCCACUGCUGAACUUUGUGGAUAAUGCUGUGGCGCCUGAGGGGCUGAAUGUCGUUCGUCCUCGUGGUAACCAGGAAGAACAAGAAUGGGCCACACAGAAAUCUUGGGAGUACCAAUACAAGGGCAACGCUGCAAUUGGUCUUUGGGCCCACAUCAAGGUUAACUACAACAGAAAAAGUGCACCCCAAGUCUAUGCCAAUUAUGCCUCCAUAGUCCAGUCCUCUGGUAUGGGGAAGUCGAGGAUGACGGACGAACUGGCGAAGACAUGUUUCGUCAUUACCAUGAACCUUCGCGGGACGCACACAACUGGUUAUCCACCUGCAGACGGUGCACUCAGAGAUUACUUAACCUCGGUGACAUCCAAGAACGAAGCCUUCGAUCGCGCUGACAAGUUCUUCGAAGCACUUUUUACUCACACCCUGGAAACCCUUAAGCAGGAGGAGUAUGAGGGGUGUGAUUACAGUAAUGUUGCAAGUAAAUUUAGGAAGCGCAUGACGGAGGGACAAACAAUGCAGUCCCACAAUCAAUAUCACAAACACUUCUACGAGGAAGUUCUUUACAAGGCAUCUCAACUAAAAAGAGCUCCUCCACAGCCCCAGAGCGCAUCUGCAGAGCCUGCUGAGAUGGCUCGUACCAACUCCCAACCUACCCCUGCCAAGUUGGCACUCACGCUGCUAUGCGAUUUCUUAAAGGAGCUGUACAUCAGACCUGAUGGAGAGAAGGCAGACGAAGUACCUUUAAUCAUACUGGCGUUCGAUGAAGCGCAUACCAUUGCAGAGCGGAAGGGUUCUGAGAAUGAAGAACAGUGGUCUGUCUUUUAUCAAGUGCGGCAACUCCUCCGAUCAUUUCGCACCCUUUCUGUAUUCUCGCUUUUCCUUUCAACAACUGGGAAGAUCUCCGAAUUCACACCAGCGGCGGAGUAUGAUCUUUCAAAACGCAUAAUCAAGGGCGACUUGAUUCCGGGUCAGCCACUCACAGAUCUGGGAUUUGAUCCUUUCGCUCACAAAAUCAGCCUUAAUGGGGAUUGGAACCUUGAGUGUUUGACGUCUCCUGGGCAUAUCUGCUCCAUGGGUCGGCCCCUAUUUGCAACCCGAUGGCAAGCGGGUUCAGAUGAUGUCAAGCGUGACAUUCUCAUUUUUGCUGCUGCAAAACUCAUGGCAGAAGAAUUUGUAAAAAAGUUUUCAGAUGAUCAAAAACUAGCAUGCCUGGCUCAGCGAAUUCCACUCGAAUUCCAGUCUACCAACUACAUUGAGCAGUCGAACGAGAGAAAACAAGUCGAAGGGCACAUGCGCGUGUGCCUCAAAAUCGAUGGAGCCUGUCAGACAAUGACGACAGCAUCUUCCUCUGAACCGAUAUUGUCAGAGGCUGCUUACUUUCUCAUGACGCGGGAUCAUUCAUUCAAUGCAGCAGAUGCACUGAAGUCGGUGAUGGAGGGCUUUGCGAUCUCGAAAGGAGAUCGCGGGGAGUUUUUAGUUCUAUUACUUCUAACUCUUGCGCGAGAUGCAACAGUCGGCCUUCCCAGCAUUUACGGCAACCCAGAGAAAGGAAACCGCUUCUUCAGCCUGGCUGAUUUCUUUUUGGGGGGGCUUUUCAAUUGCUCUGAAAAAUCUGCUCAAGAACUACACAAGCUUGCAAGCGAUUUUCCCCAAGCAAAAAUGCAUUUUUCACAUUUCGUCAAGGUGCACGAAUUCAAGGCUAUUGACCUCACCUCCCUCUUGUUAUUGAUAGGUCGAGGAGCAGGAGUCUUAUGCGCGAACAACCAAAAUGGUGUUGACAUUAUCAAUGCCUUCCUAAAGAACGGUACAAAAUUGGAGAUUGGGAAUGCAGGACUAGUUCUCAUUCAAGUCAAAAAUGAUUCAGCGUACGGUACCCAACCUCAACAGGAAUUGUUCGAUGCCAUGAAUCCUCACAACCUCAAUAUUCUGGAGGACAAAGGGUGCGCUGUACCCAUAAUAAAGAUUGUCUUUGCUUUGGCAGCAAAGAAGCCUUUGCUCAAAGUUGUCCGCAAGAAUGCAUCUGCAAGUUACCGGGCUGUCAUCUAUGAGAUCUGGUGUGCUGGUCUCUCCCCGGACGUUUUAUUACCUAUCAAAGAAAAGGGUGUUUGGGAAGCGCUCUUGCAGGCAUCUUAUGGUUGGAAGUCGUUAUAUGAAACUCCUUUAGAUAUAGCCAAGAAACUUCGACAAUCUGCCACUCCUGGUGCUGCACGAGAGAAUGGACAUUAUUCUUGUUGGGCGACAAGGGAAUGCUGA